CAGGAUCCUGAGCCGUCGAGCUAGCUGGCUAACAUUAGCACGACGAUUAGCUAGCUUAAUGUUACACGCAAUGAAUGGACUGCUGCUUUGAUGUCCGUCGCUUUGUUCCACGAGCGACUGUCGAUGGCGUAAUUUACAGCGAUUAGACGUCAAAGUGGUUUUCUGUGGUGUUGAAUACAGCCCGCGGUUGUUAACAACUAAACUAUCCAUAUGGGCUGUGUCCAAACACUACCUUGCUAGCACCGUGAAGCUAACUUGCUAACCAUUAACGUUAGCUGUAGCGUUGAUACCAUCCUUAAACAUUAAGGAGCCGUCAUGUUUGUGGACCUAUAAACGUUUCAACACGUGUCAUAUGUUACAAGAAUGUACCGUUUGCUAAAGCUAUGACUUGGCCCAACGUAACUAGAAACAUUUGACGCGUAACUCGGUGUUUGUGUUCGAAGCCCAAAUGCACUUUGUCCCGUAUGCUGUGUUGUAGCAACGUCCACUUAUUUCCCAGCAGAUUUAAAUGACAUUAGUCAGCUAAUUAUGUAAUGUCAAUUGAGGAUGAAUGAGCAGGACAGUGGGGUGGUCUCCUUCGAUGAGUAUGUACGGCAGAAAGCCCGCACUGUUCCUCAGCACAGGAUGAAGGAGUUCCUGGAGUCUCUGGCCAAGGGCUCGGAGGUGCUGCAGGAGUUCAGCCAGCAGGGAGGGGCUGCCACCACCACAGCCAUGGUGUACCAGCAGCAGGACACCAACUGUGUGUACACAGACAGCACCGAAGUGGCCGGCUCCCUCUUAGAGCUGGCUGGUCCGGUGACCUCGGCAGAGAUUUCACCUCAUCUGUCCGUGCAUCAAGAGUCUGAACAGCAGCUUCAGGUGCAGGUUCAGAUUCAGGAACAGCAAGGACAGUCGGUUGGCCAGGUUCUUCAGGUGGCCUCCCCUUCUCAGCAGGACCUGCAGGGAAUCUCAACAGCUCACUUUGUCCAGCAUGGAGAGCUCACAGAGGAGCAGCAGCAGCAGAUUCAGGCGCAGCUAGUUGCAGCUGUAGCCGGAGGACAACAAAUCCAGCUGUCAAGUGGACAACAAAUCCAGCACAUUCAGCUGCCAGGUGGCCAGCAAAUUCAGCUGGAGGCAGGCCAACAUAUUCAACUACAGGGAGGCCAACAGAUUCAACUACAUGAUGGCCAGCAUAUUCAGCUCCAGGGUGGCCAGCAAAUUCAGCUCCAAGGAGGCCAGCAAAUUCAGCUCCAAGGAGGCCAGCAGAUUCAGCUCCAAGGAGGCCAGCAAAUUCAGCUCCAAGGAGGCCAGCAGAUUCAGCUCCAAGGAGGCCAGCAAAUUCAGCUCCAAGGAGGCCAGCAAAUUCAGCUCCAAGGAGGCCAGCAAAUUCAGCUCCCAAGCGGUCAGCAGAUUCAGCUGCACGGUGGACAGCAGAUUCAGCUUCCAGGGGGCCAGCAAAUUCAGCUUCAAAGUGGCCAACAAAUUCAACUGCAAGAUGGCCAACAGAUCCAGAUUCAGACCAUAGAGGCCAUGUCUCAUUCACAGCAACAGGACUCUCCCAGGGAGGCAGAGAGGAGGUCCGCCGCUGUCUCAACGGUUCUCCAACCUGCCAAGAAGCGCAAAGUGGACGUCCCCCUCGCUGUGUCGUACGCUGUACCACAGGGCCAACAGGUGGCCACAGUUCUAACCAUCCCUCAAGGGCAGCAGCAAAGCUAUGUGUCCCUACGGCCAGAUUUGCUCACUGUUGACAGCGCGCAACUGUACAGCACAACAGGAACAAUCACCAGUCCCACGGGCGAGACCUGGACCAUCCCUGUGUACUCCACGCCACAGCAGCAGGGGGUAACUCACAUUGCAAUACCACAGGACACAUACAACACAAUGCAGGUUACCACCACCAACGGAAAGGACAAAAUGUCCCCCAAUUCCUCAUCGCGGUCCGCGGAUGUGCAGUCGGUCUCCGCUGGGUCACAGGAAGAAAUUGUACAGACCCUGUUCCCAGCUCAGUUCAUGAACGGGAACAUUCACAUCCCCGUGGCAGUGCAGACUGUAGGAGGGACUUACAACGCCACACAGUCGGUACACAUCUGGGACCCAAAUCAACAGCAGAGCCAAGGAGAGGAUGGACAAGAGCAGCAGCAGCUCCAUCUGCAGGGCCACAUGGAGACGGAGGGUAACGAACCCCCUACAGAGAUUAUGGUUCCUAUCUGCCUGAAGCCAGAGGAAGGCCUGGAGGUUUGGCGUCUUUGGGUGAAGCGAAAAAACGCAGAGCUAAACAAGCAGGAAAAGACCAAGCUUGCCCCCAUAGGACGUCGCCAGCCGCUGCGGUACCAAGAGGACUUGGUGUCCAGCGCCGUCGCCGAGCUGAACCUGGGCCUCUCCCUGAUGACGCAGGAGGCGCGGGGAUCGGACGAAGAGCAAUUCACAGCCGAUGUUCUAUAUUAUGUUUUUUUGUGUAUACAAAAGUAUCUCUUUGAGAACGGCCGCGUGGACGACAUUUUCUCUGAUCCGUACUACACACGUUUUUGUGGUUGUUUACACAAAAUUCUGGACGGUUGGAAACCCAGUGUCCAUCCUUUAGGUUAUGUCAUCCCGAGUCACGUGACAGAGGAGAUGCUGUGGGAGUGCAAACAGCUCGGUGCACAUUCACCAGCCACAUUGCUCACAACGCUAAUGUAUUUCAACACUAAGCAUUUCCACCUGAUGACCACUGAACAGCACAUGAAAGCAGCUUUCUCAAAGGUCCUAAGGCACACAAAGAAGAACCCGGCCAAUGCCAAGGACAAGGCCACCAGCAUCCGCCUUCUCAAAGGACAAGGUCCAAACAGCGCAGGACAGAAAGGUGCUCAAAACAGAACUGAUGACAUGUAUGAGGAGCAGGCCGAGGACCCCGAGAAUCCCCUUCGCUGCCCAAUUAAACUUUAUGACUUUUAUCUCUUCAAAUGUCCUCAAAGCGUGAAGGGACGUAACGACGCCUACUACAUGACUCCAGAGCCUGUCGUCGCCCCCAACAGCCCCAUGUGGUACUCGUCUCAGCCCCUCACGGCUCAGCAGGUGGAGCAGGUUCUGGCCCGCAUCAUUGUGGUCCGAGAGAUCCAGGAGAUCAUCUGCGCCAGUCCGGAUGUCAUGAGCUAAAUGGAGAGGACUCGUGGGGACCUCUGGUUGCUGAUUGUUGACUAUGCAGAAUCCACCCUGACUCUCUAAACCACCAUGACCAUCAUCUCACAUGAAAGGGAUCAAUCAUUAUUUCUCUCUGAGGAAUGCAUCACAACAGCAAAGAUAUUUUUUUUCUUCUGUUUUCAGCUGAUUGGUUGGACUGUUCUUUUUCUCGACUACCUUUGUAAGCCAUUGCCUCUGUAACCUUUAAACUGGCAAGUAACGGAGACUUGAGUCUCACCCUGCUGGACUAUGAUUGGCCUCCUGAGCUCUGCAGAGGUGCUGCAGUGUCCUGUAAAUGCAUCAAAACAAUGUGGGGAUAUUUAACCUUUACUACUUAACCCCACAGACCAUUUACCAAAUAGUCUCUUCCAAGUCCAACUACAUGACAUCUUAAUGGACAAUUACAGGGACCACCUCUCGCAACUUUAUUUUCUAUAUUAACUGCAUUUUGGAUCAUGUAUUGAUGUAUUGAUACGUUUAAAGCUGAAAAACUUGUGCCUGUUUUAAAAAAAAAAGAAGACAUAAUUUAUGCUUGUGGAUCAUUGAGUGAGUUGAUCCUCAAAUCGUCACAUGGUCAAAGUUCUAUAUUGUAGUAAUUCAGGAAUUUGGAAAAAUGAUUCUCAUGUCAAAGCUAUUGAUUAGAUCACUCUUUGACAAUUUUGCCAAAUUAUUGUAUGUACGUUAGAUUAUUAAACCGGACAUCCGGAUGGAAACCCUUUGUUGAGUUAAUACAGCGUUUAUAUUUGUACCAAGUCGGGAUAAUUCCAAAUUGACAGUUGAGUAUUUAGCACCAGAUGUAGAAAUGCAGCUCUUAACUUUUAAGGAGUCGUUUGGGGCCUUUUUUAAUAAUGAAUUCAAACCGUAAUGGUGCCUCUUACCAGAUUACAGAUUUGGAUCUCUACAAAUUAUGUUGUUAGGUUUACACAGAAGGCGUUUAAAAAAAUGCCCUGAAAGAAUAUUGAAUAAAGGAAUGCAAAUGUAUUUAUAAAUAAAUAUUGCCUUCUGAAAUACUCAAAGUAGACUACAAGUACCUCAACAGUGUUAAAGGAAGACAGAAUUCUGUAGGAAACGCUGCACUUCAAAAGCAUUGUUUCCAUUUUAGUAAAAAAAAUGUAGUUUGUCAAAUACAUUGCGUCUAUUAGAAUAAAACUCCUUUAAAAUGGUUUUAAAUAACUACACGAUGUGGUUUUUUAUAAAAGCGCUUAAAGGUGGCAAUGUCUAACUUACCAAUUAAUAUGAAGAGCAGCAACAAUGGAAGGACUAUCACUAUAAAUGUAUUUAUUACAUUUAACCUUAAUGCAAUCUAAAUAAGCAACAGGGUUUUGCCCAGUUGAAUGCAGAUAUGGUUUAACUGCUUCAUUUACUUUAGCGAUGGAAGCGUAGAACAAGGCCACCAUGGGUGGAAAUUCACGGAAUAAGUAUUUUAUGAUUUCUUUCAAAAAGGAAUUUAUUUUGCACUGUUUGUGGUUGAAUUCAGAAGAAAAGCGACAAACCCUUGCUGUGUUACAUUAGGUAACAAGGAAAUACCUUCAGCAGACAUGGUAAAACUAUCACUGUAACUUAUUAUGAACUGAUAAAACAAACUAAUAUGUUAUAAGUGUGA